AUGGCUGAGACGAGAUCUUACACCCUGGAUGCAUCCCAGCCGAUGCAGAAGCAAGAUGGUGCCGAGAAAAGCGCCUCCAGCGAUGAUGCAGAGCUCAAGUACGAGUAUCCUUCAGGGCUGUCGGUCACUCUUAUCCUCACAUCAGUUACCCUGGCCUAUUUUCUAUUCUUCCUGGACCUUGCCGUCCUUUCCACAGCCACUCCGGCCAUUACCUCCCAGUUCGACUCGUUGGUGGACGUCGGCUGGUAUGGCGGCGCCUACCAGCUUGGAAGUGCAGCGUUCCAGCCCUUGACCGGCAAGAUUUACAGCCAGUUUUCCAUCAAGUGGACAUUUCUUAUCUUCUUUGUUCUCUUCGAAAUUGGGUCGGCCAUAUGCGCAGCGGCCCAAUCGUCGCCCAUGUUCAUCGUCGGCCGCGCCAUCGCGGGCAUAGGGUCCGCCGGCGUGGCCAACGGCGCUGUGACAACCAUUUCCGCCGUCCUCCCAACAAAGAAACAGGCGCUUUUUAUGGGGCUCAACAUGGGCAUGGGCCAGCUGGGCCUGGCGACGGGGCCCAUCAUCGGAGGGGCUUUUACCACAAACGUGUCCUGGCGGUGGUGUGCGUUAUUCCAUUUCUUUGCAUUGGAAAUGCCAAAGGCUGACCUUCGUCACCUUCCUAUGUUAGGCUUUUACAUCAACCUCCCUUUGGGCGUCAUCGUCGGCGGAUUUCUUCUCUUCAACACUAUCCCCGAACCGAAACCCAAGAGUCCGCCCCUGGAGAUUCUUGGCACCGCCCUCGAGUCUCUGGAUCUCCCCGGAUUCAUGCUCAUCUCUCCCGCGGUCGUCAUGUUCCUCUUGGGACUCCAGUUUGGCGGGAACCAACACCCUUGGAAUGGUUCAGUUGUGAUUGGCUUGCUAGUUGGUGGUGCUGUUACCUUUGGCCUCUUUCUAGUCUGGGAGCAUCGUCAGGGAGACAGGGCCAUGGUGCCCCUUGCCAUGCUCAAACACCAAGUGAUCUGGUCAACCGCAAUGACAAUGUUCUUCAGCCUGUCCAGUGUCCUUGUGGCUGAUUUCUACAUUGCCAUUUACUUCCAGGCGAUCCGCGAUGACUCGCCCUUGAUGAGCGGCGUGCACAUGCUCCCAAUCACACUCGGUUUGGUCCUGUUUACUGUGGUCUCGGGCGCCCUGAUCUCCGCUUUGGGCUACUAUCUUCCAUUUCUUCUUGCGGGGGGUGCGAUAUCAGCGGUUGGCUACGGGCUCUUGUCGACACUCAGUCCUACGACCUCGGUUGCACAAUGGAUCGGGUACCAGAUUCUCUACGGUGUUGCAAGCGGUUGCACGACGGCGGCUCCCUACAUCGCUAUACAAAACCUCGUGUCUCCAGAGCAGAUCCCUCAAGCCAUGGCCAUUAUCAUUUUUUGGCAAAACAUAGGGGCUGCCACCUCUCUGAUCGCUGCAAACGCCAUUUUCAGCAACAGCCUUCGUCACCAGCUGCAGCAGCGCGCGGCACAAAUCGGCCACGCUCCAGACGCCAUCGUCGCUGCUGGAGUCCGCUCCAUCCGUGACCUGGUCUCUGGCUCCCAGCUCACUGCUGUGCUCGCGGCCUACGCCAAAAGCAUCGACCACGUCAUGUACCUCGGUAUCGCUGUCAGCCUCGCCGUCUUGGUCUUUUCUCCGGGACUUGGAUGGAAGGACAUUCGCAAGGUCAAGGAUCUUCAAGUCAUUACCAACGAGUCUCCUGACCGCGGUGAUAAAGAGUCGGCCUAG